GAACUGAUAGCGCAUAAGCACAUCAUAAUCAUAACCUUAUAUUUAAAGGUCAUAUAAAAAUGAUUGCAAAAAGUAUCGCAUUGUGCAGAAGUCAUAUAGGAUCCGUUAAAUUAUUAUCUAGUUGUAACAGAUAUUUCCAGACAUCGACAGCAAGCAUGGUAAAGGUCGGCGAUGUACUUCCAAAUGUGGAUCUUUUCGAAGAUCUACCCACAAACAAGGUCAAUCUAGCAGAUCUCGCCAAGGGCAAAAAAGUAGUACUUUUUGCAGUUCCUGGAGCUUUUACUCCUGGUUGUUCAAAGACACAUCUUCCAGGAUAUGUAUCAAAAGCUGAAGAACUGAAACAGCAAGGCGUCAGUGAAAUUGUAUGUGUCUCUGUUAAUGAUCCUUUUGUAAUGUCUGCAUGGGCAAAAGAUCAGCAAACUGCAGGUAAAGUCAGGCUAUUAGCUGAUCCUUCGGCAGCGUUAGCUCGAGCUCUGGAUUUGACUGUUGAUAUCGCUCCUUUAGGCGGUGUACGUAGCAAGAGAUACUCUAUGGUUGUUGAAAAUGGAAAAAUUACAUCUCUACAAGUUGAGCCAGAUGGUACCGGCUUAUCAUGUUCCUUAGCUGAUAAAAUUAAGUUGUAAUUGGGAUUUUUUAAAUGUUUGAGAGCAAAAGUUCAAAUCGUUGGUGAAAUGUGUUAAACUGCUAACUCCAUUCUUAAUUUUACAGAAGAAAA